UGUUAGGUUAGCGCGAGGCGUGACCUAGUUGACAGGCUCUGAGGUGCUGCUGUGGCGGCGGCCGCGGGGCUGAGGCGGGUGGGAACCCAAGCCGAGCGCGGGCUGAGAGAAGAGGGCGGCGAUUGGCGAGUGGCGCGGGACCCGGAGCUUCUUGCACUUUUUUUCCUCCCGAGUGCCCCCUCCCACCCCUCCCACUCCACACACACCCUGUUUGCCUGUGAGCCUGGGGAACUUGCAGCUUAAAGCCAGCCACCCCCACGGCAACAUGUACCCCAGCAACAAGAAGAAAAAGGUGUGGAGAGAGGAGAAAGAACGUUUACUGAAGAUGACCUUAGAGGAGAGACGCAAAGAAUACAUAAGGGACUAUGUUCCCCUGAACACCAUCCUAUCCUGGAAGGAGGAGAUGAAGGGCAAGAGCCAAAAUGAUGAAGAAAAUACUCAGGAAACAUCACAGGUGAAGAAAAGCUUGAAUGAAAAAGUUUCUCUCUAUAGAGGUGACAUCACAUUGCUAGAGGUAGAUGCUAUAGUCAACGCGGCAAACGCCAGUCUUCUUGGAGGAGGAGGUGUGGAUGGCUGCAUUCACAGAGCAGCUGGACCCUGUUUACUGGCUGAAUGUCGUAACCUGAACGGCUGUGAAACUGGACAUGCAAAAAUCACAUGUGGCUAUGACCUGCCUGCAAAAUAUGUCAUCCAUACCGUAGGACCAAUAGCCAGAGGUCAUAUUAAUGGUUCCCACAAGGAAGACCUUGCAAAUUGCUAUAAAUCAUCUCUGAAGCUGAUGAAAGAAAAUAACAUCCGAUCAGUUGCAUUUCCCUGCAUCUCAACCGGCAUUUAUGGUUUCCCAAAUGAGCCUGCUUCCAUCAUUGCCCUCAGCACCAUUAAGGAAUGGCUGGCCAAGAAUCAUCACGAGGUGGAUCGGAUCAUCUUCUGUGUCUUCUUAGAAGUUGACUUCAAAAUCUACAAAAAGAAGAUGAGCGAGUUUUUCCCUGCAGAUGAUAAUAAUGAAGAAGAAGGUGUUGACCUCAAAGAAGAUGCAGAGGGGGUAGAGCCAAAAGGCCUCUCUCCACCCCCCAAGAAGAGCAAAGCAAAGAAGCCAGAAUGUUCCAAAGACUCUAGUGAAGAUGAGAACGGUCCAGAGGAAAAACAAAAUACAGAAGAAACGGAAGAGCAGAACCAAGAAGCAGAUGGCGUCAAUGCUGCAACUGGGCCCAGCCCUGCUUCAGAAGAUGCUGCUGAUGUGUGUAAAGAUGAAGAUUCUGCAAAGGACGACAAUAUUGUAAAAGACAGUGAAGUGACAGAUCAUUCUGUGUGUGACCAAGAUCAACCUAAUGGACAAGAGCAUGAUUCAACAAAGGAUGAAAUAAAAAUUGAGGCAGAGUCCCAGAGCUCAUAUAUGGAAACAGAAGAGCUUUCACCAAACCAGGAAGAUGCCACGACCGUGGAGCAACCGGAAGUGAUCCCUCUAACAGAUGACCAAGAAGACAAAGAAGGUGAAAAAGCUCAAGGCGAGGACACACCUAGAGUUCCUGUGCAAAGCGAAGGGUCUGGCUACACAGAAAACUCUCCAAGUCCCGAUGUUGAAAUGAAUAGUCAGGUUGACAGUGUAAAUGACCCAACAGAGAGUCAGCAAGAAGAUUAACUAAUAGGGGCACAAGAUGAAGCAAAGGAACAAAGAAAUGGAAGUCAACCGUGGUCCUAGGCAUUGCAGGCCUCUCCUGGCCCUUGGGGGGUGGGUGUAAGAAGACAGGAGUGCAAGCUGUGGAGGAGAGGGGUGUUGGGGGGGGCAAGUCCCACGGAAGGACAGGGAAUCCUUUGCUCUAAUUGCUCCAGCUGCAUUAUGUUCUAUUUACCUGCAGAAAAAAAGAAAGAAAAAAAAAAAAAGAAAAAAAGAAAAAAAAGUUUCCUUGAACUUGGCAAAGGGCCCCACGUCAAUGUGUCUUUCAGGCACUAUCCCUGUAAUUUCUUUUUUUUUCUCUUUAGCGACUUUUCCCAGGGUCACAGUGGCACAGUUUAACACUCACAGGUGUAUCCUGGUCCCUGUCUGCUUUCUUGAUUAUGUCACAAAGCUGGUCGAUGCAGUGGUUUCUUCAAAGAAAGAGAAGAUGAUUGUUGGUACACUGCAGGCUAAAUUUCAGGAAUCCUCAAGCCCAAGAUCAGUAUAAUCCACAAAGGAGGCAGGAGAGAAAAUGGGCAAAAUGCUCAGAAAUCACUUGGAAAAAGGUCAGGGCAAUGAAUUGAAAAUGGCAUUAUAUUCAGGGAUUCCCAAGGUACAAUUCUGUUCCAUGUGGUUAAUGAAGAACGUGGAAGGAGGAUUUCAUCCAGGGCAGAAUGUAGAGGCGUUACCCUGAAGGCACGGCCCCCCUACAGCCAGCGGGGGCUUUCCCUUCCCAGCCAGGACUGCAGGUGCAUUCUUUGACCCUGACCUUUGCAGAUCUCCCCAGGUUCAUGAGGUCUUUACUGUGUGCUUCUGCAUAGAGCCCACCGAGUGAGAUGUGACUCUUUGGGACACAGUUUGGAAGGGAUGACACUCUUCGAGGUGUUUUAGUUGAGAGAGGGGGGCUGCUGCAUUUAGAAUCCAAACAUAUGUCUAUGAAUAUUAAAAGUUCUACUUGAAAUCUCUUGUUAUAUAUACACUUUUCAUAAAAGAGCCUCUUGUCUUUACCCAAGGUUUGAGGGCCCACAGAUAGAUUCUCAUUUGAAGUUAGAGGCAAUUGGAGGUCUUGCUUGCAGUUCUGGCUUGCUUUUAAAUAGUCUGCUUUGUUCAUGCCAAAUCCAAAACUACUUUGAUAGCCUGUCCCCACUCCUAGAAAUCCCUUGAUUAUGGCCUUGAAGGGGAGCAGCAGCAUUACUAAGCCAAGAUUCCAGUGGUACAAUGGGCACAGGGGAUGAGCGGCCAAGGAGGAAGUCAGAAGUUGUCACAGAUGUCUAUCCCAGAGAUGACAUCAAUAGUGACCCACACGAGGCAAGAUGCCUGCUUCCCACAGCUUCCCUAGGUUCUAAGAACAGUCUAUUUUUUUCUGAGGAAACUGAUAUUGCUUCUUGCAUAUCUCGUCAAAUCCACCUUCCUUAAAAGGUCUUUAGAACUGUGAGUUAUUUAUAUAUAUAAAUAUAUAAAUAUAUUUUUUAGUGGAGGGAGAACAGUAAUAGAUCAAAUUGGGUAUUUCUAAAAUCAAAGGGCGUUCUGUUUUCUAAAUAUUCCAUGGACUUCUUCAGUUUUGCUCUUUCCUCUAUGGAAAAUCCACCUUCUUCUCUUUCUAUGAAUUUUGUUUCAGCCCUUUUGGAAUUUGUUGCCCCUCUGGAUGGCUUCUUUGAUAUAUUAGAAUCAUUAGCAAGUUAGAUUUCUGCAUAUGUGGUAUGUUCUAACAUCCUGUAUUUCAAAAAAAA